AGACAUCGACUCCGUGGCCGUAGUGCAGCACAAGCUGGUGCAUAAGAUUGUAGGUGGAAAAAUGUCCACGCCAGUGCUGUACUAUCUGCCUCCGAGUCCGCCAUGUCGCAGUAUUCUGCUGCUAGCCAAAAUGCUCGGUCUGGACUUUGAGCUGAAGAUCGUCAACAUAAUGGAGGGGGAGCAGCUGAAGCCCAACUUUGUGGCCAUGAAUCCACAGCACUGCGUGCCCACAAUGAACGAUCAGGGACUGGUGCUGUGGGAAAGUCGCGCCAUACUCUCAUAUCUGGUGGCCGCCUAUGCCAAAUCAGACGAGCUUUAUCCCACGGAUAUACGCGUGCGAGCGCUGGUGGAUCAGCGUCUACACUUUGAUCUCGGCACGCUCUAUCAACGUCUCACCGACUUUUAUUUUCCCACAAUGUUUAUUGGCGCCCCACUGGACGAGGUCAAACGCGCCAGACUAACCGAAGCCGUCGGCUGGCUAAAUGCAAUAAUGGAGGGCCGGGAAUAUGCAGCCGCGGAUCAUUUUACAAUCGCAGACCUGACACUUCUCGUCACUAUCUCCCAGCUGGAGGCAUUUGAUUUUGAGCUAAGACCCUUCAAACAUGUCAAGCAAUGGCUAGAUCGCUGCAAGGAGCAUAUGGCGCCCUUUGACUACGAAGAACUGAAUGCCAGCAAGGCGGUUAUGUUGGCCGACAUGUUCAGGGCGAAGAUGAAUCAAACAGGUGGAUCCUAA